UGUCUAGGAGGUGUGCUUCUCAUAAUAAAGAAUUCCUAGGUACGCAUAGAUAUCUCUUGACUUAUUCCGGCGGGCCCCGUCUGCCGGGCCGCUUUUCGUAGUUCCACAGCGGGGCCGAAGAAUUGUUUCUUUCCGGCAGAGCUGCCGAAAAUGCGGAACGUCUACUCGCACCGCCCUGAACAAUGCUGCGGCUUGGACUUCUCUUGGACUUCCCUCCAAUGGUACUCGCCUUGGUCUAACCAAUGGCAGCCAUUAGCAAUGAAUAUGCUAAUGUUAAUGUACCUAAGCUAAUGUCGGUUCAGCUUUGAUAACAUGGGGUCCUCGCCCUCGAUCCUGGUGACUACUUGUACCUAGACCUAUUAACCCAUUUCUUAGCCAGACCCAACGGUUGAAAUACUUACCUUACCUAAUGCAGAGAUUAAUCCAUCUUCCUAUUCGACAGGGUAUCAUUCUGCUCUCAUGUUCCCAUCUCAUAGACGCGGUUAGGACGAUUAUAAUCACCACGGUUCUUUGGAUUGGCUAUGGUCCUACUACCCCAUGUCUUAUGCACCUUCCCUAUACCGAAGAUCUUGCCGCGAGGCUGGCUAAUCGCUGCCACAAGCUGGAAAGCAUCACACAGGGAUUUCAUCCCAGAUGUAAGCAUGCCCCACACAUGCACGACGUUGCCACUCGUCAACCGCGCGGGCAUGAUAUGCGUAGAAGGCAAAUAGGAAAACCCGCUAUCCCCUUUGGCGUUGUCUCGACAGACCAGCCUUUUCGUGGUGUAACCAUACGGUGUUAUUGCUGUUGUUGCGAAACGGCAUUUAGAUUCAGCCUGACUAAGUAGCUGAUGAAAUAUGGUUGCAUCUACGUAAUAUGACUGGGCAGUCAUGCUCUAUUCUAG